AUGGCAUCCACUACUCUGCGUGCUGUGACGCAUCGCUUGACGACCACGCCUGUCGAUCAAUUGCCUCAGAUCGCAUCAUUCCUGGCAACAUCAUUGAGCGAUUGCGGGGAGCUCCUGUCUGCGACGCAGAAUCAGAAGACGGGCAAGUCCGAAUCUGACAAUGCUGUGCAGAUUCAUAAGCUCAAAACUCGAUUGGCCAGUUUGCUGCAGGAUAGGAGCUUUGAGGGGCGAUGGACUGCGGUUGUUCUGGUAAAGGCGACGGUGGAAGCUGGCCAGUGGGAAGUGCUUCGCGGAUGCGAACCGCUUGUGCGCAAUCUCGUUGCGAUUUUGGCUAAACCGGAUCCCAUCUCCACAAAGAAAAUGUGCAUAAUCACUUUGACACGAAUCUUUCGUCUUACCUACCAAUACCCCACUCUUGUUCGCGAAAUAACGACGCCGUCACUACCGGGGUUCAUCACUUCAUCGUUGAACCUCAUCUCGGUCAAGCCGGCCUCCGAGCCCGUCAGAAAGUUGAAGCCCAGUACGCCGUUCUUGGAGAUUGUCCUGAGCGCUUUCCUGGAGCUCAUCGCAAGACACCCAACGAUAUUUCGUCCAUUUUCUGCGCAGAUUCACAGCAUCCUCCAGGAGAUCAUUGGUGCAACCUCUCCGACGUUUCCCGGCGCAACGGUGGACCUAGCGGAGCAGUUGUUCAUCGCGCUCCACAAUUGCGCUCCCAAGAACACCUCCGCAGAGGAAUGGAAGAACGCCUGCCGAAUGACAAUCUCUUCGGCUCACAGGACUGCGGACUAUGUUUUGAGAGGGGUAGUGGAACAGUGGGAGUCUGUCGAUGCGACCUUGAGGCAAGGCGCCCAGCCACAGGACUACAGCCAGGUGGUGGCUGAUGCUGGGCCAGAUGCGCUAGGACUUCCCGGCUGGGAGGGCAUUCAUGCUGGAGUGGAAAGAUUGACGGUACUCUUACGCUUGCUAUCCCGGUUUUUGACAGCGCCGACGGCAUCCGCAGUGACAAUUCCACUGGGCUUGAUUUUGGAUCUGACAUCCCGACUGAGUGCGAUCACUGUUCCCGCACCGGGUGCAGAUAUGCCUGUCAACUUACAGAUUGGCCGGGAGGAAAGGGACGGCCUCUGGGCUGAACUACCUCGUAUCCACGCUGUGAGCAUGCAACUACUUCUGAGCGCCGUGGAUGCUCUGGAGACGGGCGUCGUCCCAGUAGCGCAGACGAUCUUGGAGCACGCCCUCUGGGUUUUCCGGGCAGAGAAAUUCAACAAGGAUGUCCGUGCCUCUGUAUAUGAUCUCGUCCACGCUUUACUCCCACUUAUGGGACCGUCAACGACGAAAAAGAACAUUUCGUCAUUGACAGACGUCGUCCGGUCCUGUUGCUCUGACAUCUUACCACCAACCGGUGACUCAGUUCCCUCCGCGGCGUCAGAUCCCAAGCGCAAGGCAAAGACGAACCAGGCCACAGUCAACGCCGACUCGUUCUUGCACCCGGCCUCCAAACAGAGUCGGCAAACACAAACUUCAACCACGUUUCCCAACCUGAAGCGAGCCGCAUCCGAUCUCCUCCCAGUCGUCCUGACUUUUGUGCCCAUCGAGUUCCUCCCCACCUCUCUCCGCGCCGAAAUCGAUCGGACGGUCAUCCUCACCUCAGACAAGACCGGAAUGCUGGCAAGCGUGCUUAAUCCCGUCCCGGCCAUGAAAGGCCGCGGCACGGGCUCCAGCAUCAUGCCCUUCCUGGCGCGAUGCUAUUCCACCGAGAUGGAGGUCGAGGGACUGAUCAGACCCAGAAUGCCCGUUCUGAUGCACGCACCCGGUAUCAGCGGGUACGGCAGCAUGGUCGACGAGGACGAGGACGAAGAACAAGAGGAGCAGACCACCGCCGCUGUGCAGCACGUCGCCCCCGAACUUACCGGCUUCCUCAGACCAACCGCCACCCCGACUAUCCAGAGCAACCUGCGCACCGCCGAAGCAGUAAAGGAACCCGCACCGCCCAUGCACAAGCGGAGUCUGCCCGAGGAAACCAAGCCUGGGUUCCCAGCCGCGCCAGCGGCCAGUCUGACAGACGAGAAACCCGAUGAUGUGCAAAAGAAGAAAGCCCGGCUUGAUACCGAAGCUGUUUCGGCCCAACCCGCCCUCGGCACGGCCUCUCCUGCUUCGUUCACGGCCACGGCGGCUAUCUCUAUCCCGACGGCCUCUAUCACGGCUGCCUCUGCGCCGAUGCCGACGAGCACCGUGAACGCAGCUACAGCUGGUGCGGACGUUUCGAUGUCCGGGCCGGCAGUAGCUGCCGCGGAGGCAGGCGACGGCGACAGCGACGAUGAGAUUCCUAUGCUGAACAUUGAGCCGGAUACGGACGAGGAGGAGGAGGAGGAGGAUGUGACGAUGGAUGGUUGA